CAUUCGACUGGCAUUGGGCAGUGGGCGCAUGAUCUCAAUAUUGUGUUUGUUGUCGUCAGCUUUUCAAUCAGCUGUUCAGUAAAUUUGCAAGACGUAUAUAAUUGUACUGUAGUUUUUAAUUUAGUAUAGAAAUUAAAAAUUUGUAAAUAUGUCCGGUUUCUCGCAACAGGAUAAUUAUUGGACGCCACCACCACAAAAUCAAUACAAUUUUGAUAACAGUGGUUUUGGACAACCUAACCAACAAUUUGAUUUUAGAAACUAUACUGACCAACAAUCUGGAGAAUAUGCACCUUAUUCUCAACAAGAAUACUUAAAUCCAAACCAAACUGCAUAUACUGGUGAACUUUAUACUCCUGAUAACUAUAAUCAAGGAUCAAACACUUUCACUGAUGAAGAAGAUGAACCACCCCUUUUGGAAGAGUUAGGAAUAGAUCCAGAUAGAAUUUUGCAGAAGACACUGGCCGUUCUUAAUCCUUUUCACAGGCGAGGACAAACAGAUGAUGCAAAUUAUCUUUUACAAGAUUCAGACUUAGCAGGGCCAUUGGCAUUCUGUUUACUUCUUGCAGCAUUUCUACUUUUGGCUGGAUCAAAAGCACAUUUUGGAUAUGUUUAUGGAUUAGCUUUCACUUCUUGUAUAUUAAUGUACAUACUGCAAUCCUUAAUGAGUAGCACAGGAAACAUUACGAUUGCAUCAGUUGCAUCAGUAUUGGGUUAUUGCAUACUUCCCGUUGUUGGAUUAGCAGGAUUAGGUAUUUUCACUAGUCUUCGUGGACCAAUUGGGUUGAUUCUUGCUUUACUAGCUGUUGCAUGGGCUACCUUAUCUUCUUCUAGAUUGUUUUGUGCCAUGUCUGGUGAAGAAAAACAAAGAUUCUUAAUUGCUUAUCCUUGUCUUCUGUUAUAUGGAGUGUUUACAUUAAUAGUGAUUUUUUGAAUAAAGUUUUUGCAUACAUAUUUAUAAUAAAAUUAAAAACAUAUAUAACAAAUAAUAAUUUUGUAAAACAAUCAAUAUUUCAUGAAUAUUUAUUAAUAUUCUGUUUAAUUAUAAAUCUUUACAAUUAAAUAAGAGUUGUGUUCAUUUGAUUAUGAAAUUAUUUGAAUGAAAAUUUUUUAAUCUACAUAUAAAAAUACAACGUUUUGUUAUUAAAUUGUACAACUUAUACUUGCUAUGAAGACCAUGCUGUAAAUAUACUAAAUUACAAAAUGUUAUUAGAAAACUACAAGCUUAAUUAUAACUAAAUAAACGUUUGAUGACCAAGAAAAAAAGAUACCUGUACAUA